CGAUUACGAAUAGUGUGUCGUAGGUCUCAGGAAACUGCGAAAAAAUUUAUCGAGACCGCAUGUUGACGAUACAACCAACGAUGGGGUGGAAAUUGAGAUAUUUAUACAACUUGAUAUUAUUUAGUUUCGUUGUAAAAAUCAUAGAAAGUGCCAACUUGCCUGUUGAUUCAGUGGAUAGACCGAUUGUACAGGUUCAACAAGGCCAAUUGCAAGGUAUUCAAGAGAAGAAUAUCAAUGGCAAUAACUUUUAUGUAUUCCGUGGUAUUCCAUACGCGAAACCACCCCUCGGGGCGUUGAGAUUCAAAGACUCAGAACCAGCAGAGCCAUGGACUGGUGUCAGAGAUGCCAAAAAGUUUGGUAAUGUGUGUGCGCAACAAGACCUUCUCUCGCGACAGUUAAUGGGAAAGGAAGAUUGUCUAUUUCUUAACGUCUACACAACAAAUUUAAAGCCCAAGGAACCAAUGGCUGUACUUGUUUGGAUCCAUGGAGGUGCUUAUUUCUUCGGUUCAGGAAACGAUGAAAUUUAUAGUCCGGACUAUCUUGUUGAAAAAGAUGUCAUUGUAGUUACCAUAAAUUACCGACUUGGAAUUAUAGGUUUUCUGAACUUGGACGUUGAAGAAGCACCAGGUAAUCAAGGAUUGAAGGAUCAAGUAAUGGCAUUGAAAUGGGUGCAACAAAAUAUUGCACAAUUUGGUGGUGAUCCAAAUAGAGUUACAAUUUUUGGCGAAAGCGCUGGUUCAGCUUCUGUUCAUUACUUAACAAUUUCUCCAUUAGCUCAAGGAUUGUUUCAGCGAGCUAUUUUACAAUCUGGAGUAGCAACAGCUCCAUGGGCAAAAGUAUUGUCGCCUUCUAUGAAAGAAGACGCAGAAAAAGUAGCCGAAAGACUUGGAAACAAAACUACUGAUACUAAACAACUCAUUGAGUAUUUACAGAGUGCUGAUGCAUACAGUAUAAUUGAAGCUGAAAAACCUCUGAGGACUUGGUCGAAUUAUUGGGAGUUUAUAAAUCCGUUCACUCCAUCAGUAGACUCCAAAUCAAAAACUCCAUUUUUAAGUAUUCCGGUAGACGAAGCAAUUAAGUCUGGUAUCAAAGUGCCCCAUAUCAUCGGUUACAACAACGAUGAAGCAAUUAUUUUCGUUACAGCUAUUGAAGAUGAUCAAUUCGCUCAAAUAGAUUCUGAUCACGAAAAAUAUUUGAUACAUGAACACACAAAGCGAUUUCUCCAUAACCAAAACAUAUCCGUGAGUGACAUUAAAAACUUCUUCAUGGAGGAUAAGAAAGUCUCACUGGAAAAUGUUAAAGAGUACGUAAAUUUACUAAGUGCAGCAUAUUUUGUAAUGGAUAUCCAAGAGGCAAUUAAAAUUCAAACUUCAAUUCCUGACGUACCAUCUUAUCUUUAUAAAUUCGAUUAUUACGCAAAAGAUACUUCGCUAGUACAAAUAAUUUUUGCAUCUAGCAUACCAGGUACAAGUCACGCUGAAGAAUUGUUCUCCAUUUUUUAUCCUAAAAUGUUAAGGUUCCUAGAAUUGAGACCGCCGGCUCCUAAUUCGACUCUACAUUUGAUCCAACGAAGAUUUGUUGAUUUAUGGACUAAUUUCGCUAAGACUGGAAAUCCAAAUUCAGAACGAUCAGACGUAUUGUCAGUUGAAUGGAUACCAGUUGAUGAUCCUAAAGAAUACAAUUGUUUAAAAAUAUUUGAAGAUCUUAGUAUGAUUAAAGAGACCAAUAUUUUACAUACAAUACAACAAAAAAAGAGCCAAAAUUAGUACUUUUAGUACUGUAAGAAACAAAAAUACGCUUAUU